AUGCCGACUGCUAAGAAAACAAUUACUGUUGAAGCAAAGCCUAGUGAUACCAUCCAGAACAUCAAAACUCAUAUCAGGGAGAAAGAAUGCGUCUGUUCAGAUCAGUUCACUUUGAUUUCUGCUGGAAAGCCACUUGAUGAUAAUCAGACUGUAAAAUGCCUCAACAUUCGAGGUGGUUUGACCCUUCAUAUGUUGUUGAAUCCAAAAGACAUGUUGCUAAUUUCUGUAAAAAUGCAAACUGGAGAGAUUCUGAAGUUAGAAAUUAAGCUCUUGCACACACUUUGCAACGUCAAAGCAAUACGUGAGAGCAUGGUUGGUUCAUCUCUUAAUGAUAUGGUACUAACAUAUGCUGGAAAGCAACUGGAGCAUAUUCAUGCCUUCAUUCCCCCAUAUGUCCCAUGCGUCCCUAUUUGA